UCAUUUCAGAUAUUUUCAUUAGGGUUUCUCUUUUCUGGUUUCUCAGUUCAGUUUAAUGGCCGCCGAAGUUGAGUACAGUUGCUUCGUUGGUGGGCUAGCUUGGGCCACCACCGAUAGAACACUUAGCGAUGCUUUCUCUACCUACGGCGAAGUAGUCGACUCGAAGAUCAUUAAUGACAGAGAAACUGGUAGAUCUAGAGGAUUUGGCUUUGUUACCUUCAAGGAUGAAAAAUCCAUGAAGGACGCUAUUUCAGGAAUGAAUGGUCAGGAACUUGAUGGCCGUAACAUCACUGUUAACGAAGCUCAAGCACGCGGAAGUGGAGGUGGUGGUGGUGGUUUCGGUGGUGGAAGACGACGUGAGGGAGGCGGUGGCGGCUACGGAGGAGGCGGCGGAGGCUAUGGAGGAGGCGGCGGUUACGGAGGAGGUGGCGGUGGCUACGGAGGUGGCAGACGCGAAGGAGGUGGUGGUGGAGGCUACGGAGGUGGCCGACGUGAAGGUGGCGGCGGCGGUUACGGUGGUGGUGGCGGUUACGGUGGUGACCGUUAUUAGAUUGAUAGCUCUUAAUUAGGCCUAUGUUUUAUGGCCUUUAUAGAUUAGUUUUAAUAUCCAUACUGGUUUAAGUGUGGUUUUAAGUUAUUUGCUCUUAUAUUUGGUUGAUAAGAUACUGUGAAUCUGUAUUUUGCGAAGUUCCAUGGAAUCAAGUAAAAGCAUGUUUGCGACCUGCGUC